GCCCUUCUCACUUAAGGGCAGCCACAGAUCAAGGCGGUGACCAGUGGAGCCAGUCCCCAGCCGCACCCGUCCUGGCGGGGCCGAGGCAGGCGGCUCUCGACCCACACCUGCCCGCUGCUCCCAAAGAGCCCUGGAUUCCCGGGUCAGCGUUGCCCCGCGGAGCGCGGCUCGAGUCAGGCUACAACUCACUUCGCAGCCCCGGGCACCAGACCUCCCCCGUAGGCAGGGCGUUCUCCCCCCCGCCCCCCCCCCCACCCCACCCCUGCACGAUGACAUCAUGUGUUUGGGGCCGAGUCGCUCCUUAAAAGCAGCCCGCGGGGAGCCCGGAGCCCGAAGAGCAGACGUGCUCGCAAGGCGGCGGGGCUUCGCGCACACGGUCCCCAGCGCGGAGAGCCCGGGAGGGGACGGAGCGGCAGCCCAGGCUGCGCUCCCGCCGCGCCCCGACAGCCAGCGAUGCCCCGCAGCCUGCACGCCGCCGCCGCCGUCCUCCUGCUCCUGUGCUUAAACGAACAGCCAGCCGGCCCGGCCCCGCUCCACGGAUCCAAGUGGAGCUAUUUUGGUCCAGAUGGGGAGAAGAGCUGGUCCAAGAAGUACCCAUCAUGUGGGGGCGUGCUGCAGUCCCCAAUAGACCUGCACAGUGACAUCCUCCAGUACGACGCCAGCCUUGUGCCCCUUGGGUUCCAAGGCUACAAUGUUUCUGCCAACGAGCAGUUUCUCCUGACCAACGAUGGCCAUUCAGUGAGGCUGAACCUGCCCUCGGACAUGCACAUCCAGGGCCUCCGGUCCCGCUACAGUGCCGCCCAGCUGCACCUGCACUGGGGGAACCAGAAUGACCCUCACGGCUCCGAGCACACUGUCGGUGGGAAGCACUUUGCUGCUGAGCUGCAUAUUGUCCAUUAUAACUCGGACCUGUAUGCCAACGCCAGCACCGCCAGUAACAAGUCAGAAGGCCUCGCCGUCCUAGCUGUUCUCAUAGAGAUGGGUUCCUUCAAUCCAUCUUAUGACAAGAUCUUCAGGCACCUUCAAGAUGUCAAAUACAAAGGCCAAGAAGUGCUCAUUCCGGGUUUUAGCAUUGAAGAGCUGCUUCCUGAGAGGCCUGACGAAUACUACCGCUACAAAGGCUCCCUGACCACACCUCCUUGCCACCCCACAGUGCUCUGGACGGUCUUCCGGAACCCUGUGCAAAUUUCCCAGGAGCAGCUGCUAGCUUUGGAGACUGCUCUGUACUGCACACAUGUGGAUGACCCAUCCCCCAGAGAGAUGGUCAACAAUUUCCGGCGGGUCCAGAACUUUGACGAGAGGCUGGUGUAUAUCUCUUUCCGACAAGACUCGUGGGCCACUCCCAACACGGGAAUCUCAUGGUCAGAAACAGGUAGGUCUGUGCAAGUUCCACUUUUUCUCCUUAUGUCACUUGUGAUGGAACUGGGCCAGGUGUUCAUAUCUAAAGAUGACCCCAUUAACCCACUUGUCCGAGAAUCAGUUCUCCUUGUCUCACCUUCUUGUUCCUUUGUUAUUGUGUGAGAUUAUAACUACCACUGACUAAGCUUAAACAUAGGAAGAUAGUAUUUCAGGGCCCUUGCCAGAAAGCUUUAGAAACAUGCCCUUUUGCACUGACCCAUAUAUAUGAUCAGAAUUAUGUCCUGUCAAUCACUUAAUCAGACCUGCCCAAGAAUUUAUCUUUUGUGCUCUCCUUGCCACAUACCACUGGUUAAGGUAGUUUCUUUUUCUCAGUUUCCUGGUCUGAAAACAUCAUCUGUGAACAAUGGUCCUUCUUAAACACAGAGAACGUAUAUGAUGAUGACUGUCAACUUCUUUUCUAGGAAAGCGCCUCAAAUGUACAGAUCAUCCCUUUGUGAUCUAGUUUGGAUAUAAAUUUCUCUUUUCCCAUUCCUCUAAAUGGAGUAGUAGUCAAGGGUAAAUGGAAAAUACUUCAACUCUUCAAUAAAAUACAAAACAAAAAAACUACCUGGAGAUAAGGGACUUGGCCCACAUAGAUAAGGUAGAUCUUAUUGUGAUUCAAGAUAAUAAUCAGAUCUCUUCUCUGGAUUGGUCUAUAUAAGUCACAGGGGAUACGGUCAUAAAGACUCCCCCUGCAGUCAGAAAACCUAGGUUCAAGGCCUCAAUUUGUUUCCUCCCUGCUGUAUGAUGUAAGCAAAUCAUGUCCUUUCUUUGGCCUUGGUUUCCUUAGCCAUAAAAUGAUAGGUUGGACAAGGUGAGCUAAUGUCCUUUCAACGUUAACAUGCUAUAGGAUUCGAAGUGGAUACUAACAACUGCCCAUCCUGACUUUACGUUGCAGGGACAGUGUUUGAGGGCAGUUACAAAGGAUCAGAAGAAACCACACAGGAACUUGAGUCUGACAUCCCAAAGUAACCUCCACUUGUAACAAUGGACUAUGGCACUGGGAAUAAUUAGCCAUCUUCUUAGACCAGCUCAGGUCUAAGUUGGCCCUCACAGAGUGGGCAGUGCAGUCAGGCUUGUAGCAGAGCGCUUCAGUAGACUCUCCCAGUCUGGCUGGGGAGCUUGAGGGGCCUCUUAGCAGAAGCCUGGAGACCAACUCCAAGCUCAGGACAUCAAGAUCAAAGCCCAAAUGCAUCUUUGCCACUGCCCUUCCUGCACGGCUCACCCAGAACUGUUGCUUCCAAGAGCCCAGGCUGUGCCCAGCUCUCCCCUUGGAGUGAGAAACCCUGGCAGUCCAAGGCAAACCUGUUCAUUUGGAGGCUGAUUAUAGAAACUUGGCUAGAAUUGUCCCCUCCCACUUCUCGAAGACACAGGCAGCUACUGGGGCUGUUUCCCAAGGAACAAUGGGGAGGGCGGCCCCAAAGAAGAGAAGCCCCAAACCUCACCCCCCAGGGGCACCUGCAUUUAUGAAGGGCUCUCACACCAACCUGGAGGGGCCUCAGACCAUAACGUGCCAUUUCAGGUUUAUGGAGUGAGCCUGUGUCAGUGUGAACCUUUAGCAAUUGUGCUGAAUUAUCUGUAAACUUCCAUUAAGGCAAACUUGGAAUUAGGGCCUGAUUUAUUCAGAGCUUUCUCUGGAAGUUAACAGGAACUAUGGAGUUGGAACAUUGAGCCAGGAGAAAAGUGAUGUUAAGGAAAUCCUCUAGGAGAGAAAGUGCAAGGACUUUGAGAGUAGGCUCUGAGGUUUAGCCAAAUUGGAACAACUGGGACUAAAUCAUUUAACUUUACCAUGCUUCCUCAACUGUGCUUAGAAGAGGAAUAAAGAACUUAAUUUCUGUCCUUAAGAGGUAGUAAUCUGUCCUUAAGGGGUAGUCUAUGAUUUAGCCCUAGGGCAGGGUUUCUUAACCUUGGUGCUAUUGACAUUUUGGUCUGGAUAAUUCUCACUGGGGGGCUGUCCUGUGCAUUGCAUUGCCCUCUCCCCACUAGAUGCCUAUAGCGUCCCCCCACUUUUGAAUGCCAAAAAUGUCUCCAGACAUUGCCAAAUGUCUCCAGGGCAUGAGGGGCAAAAUUGAGAACCACUACCCAGGAAUUACACGAUGAAUUUCCUAGGCCCAUGCUGAUUUUUUUUUUUUUUCACUUACAUGACAGGAUUCUGGAGUUUUCAUAUGCCCUGGUCUUUCCUCUAUCACAGCAUGACAUUUUCAAACUGGUGAUGGCUACCCUUGAAACCGAAAGGUUGUUGGGUUACUAAGGUAGAACAACCAAACUCAAGAGAAACCCUGUUCCUUACCUUCCUUUAGAAUUUGAAUAUACCUGCUUUUUGUAUAAUUGGCUAUGUCCAAGGCCAAGAGAAGUGGACAGGCGAGAACUAUCCACCCUUAAGAGAAGCAUACAAACCCCUUUAUCAGGGUUCCAGAUGCCUCCGAGGCAGCAAUUUGCUUCAGGAACUCGUUAUCAUUUUUCUCCCUCGCUUUUAUACCAUUUUUUCUCUCAUGUGUGUUGUGUUUCUUGUUGCCUUUAGUUAAAAUGACCACUCUUUAUGGAGAGGUGAAAGUCAUGUCAGGCACUUUUUUUUUUUUUUUUUCAACGUUUAUUUAUUUUUGGGACAGAGAGAGACAGAGCAUGAACGGGGGAGGGGCAGAGAGAGAAGGAGACACAGAAUCG